AUGAAUAUGUUGGAUGAUGAAGAUGACCAAAGCUUUCACGCUACGCGUGACGGCUACUCCCAUUUGAGCGAUGUCGAAUGGGAUGCGGUUGAACGGAUGGGUUCAAUCAUGGGCAUCCAUGCUGUUAGCGUCAUGCUAGAGGCUCUCAAUAGAGAUGACCAACAUGCUACUAUCGCCAAGUUCAUUCAAAAUGAACUUGACGCAGAACGCGAGAAAGUAGCCUUGCUUCACCAACAAGGUUCUCAACAAGCAGAGUUGUUGAGAGAACAGGGUGCUCGACAGUUCGAACUGUUGAGAAAGCAUCAGGCUGCUGCUGGUGGGUCGAUGCACUCGCGUCGACCCGAGACCUUGAAGAUUGACAUCUCCAAGUAUAGGGGAGUCGAAGAGGACUCUCUCUUGAGAUGGUUCGUCGAAUUGGAUGACCAUAAGGGCGCGUCGCAUCGACGACGGGGAUAUGCAAGUUGCACUUGCCCAGUCAAAUCUGGCUGGACGUGCCAAGACUUGGGCACUGGGGCUCAAGUUGCACGACCCUUAUGCGUUUGGGUCGUUGGAAGUCUUCAAGUCGCGGCUCAGACAAACGUUUGA